AUGCGGGCCCUGCUGCUCUGUGGGGGCUGGCUGCUGGCCGCUGUCUACCUGGUGGGUGCCACCGGCAGCUGUCGGCACCGGUGCUGCCCAGGCAGGAACAACGCCUGCUGGGCCCCCAGUGCCCGCCAGGCUCGCUGCUACUGCGACUCAUACUGCAAGAGGACAGGUGACUGCUGCCAGGAUUUCCUCACCACCUGCCGCCACACCGCAGUGGGCUGCGUGGUGGGGCCUUGGGGGCCGUGGAGUGGGUGCAGCUCCCUGUGUGGGGUUGGCAGCAAGACCCGCAGCCGCCAGGUCACCAUCCCACCCCGGCACGGAGGGGAGCCCUGUCCUGACCUCAAGCAGCGUCGUGGCUGCUUGGGGGAGCACCCAGCCUGCUGGACAGCCAAAGAAGUGGUUAAGAUAUUGCCCAGUUCCUUCAGCCGGGACUUCAGAGAUCCCUGGCGGAGAGCCAGGCUGGUGCCCCCAGAGGAGCCAUCUGGGUAA